CAUCGAGAAACUGAUCGAGAAGAGCUUCGAUUCUCGCGUGAGGCACGGUACACCGGGUCUGCAUCACGCUCAACCCGGAGCCCCGAUGGGUACGAGCAUCUUGAAGCGGCUGGGCAUCGACGAGAGCGUCGAUUACACGAAACCGUUGGUCGAUCCACAGACGAUGAACCUUCUCCGGUCUUAUCAGCAGCAACAUCAGCACCAGCAGCAGCAGCAACACUACGCGACAAGUACGGCCGCGCGGCGGGAACGCAGCGGAAGCGAAGCGGCGGUAGAACCGACGCGAUGACGCCGGAGAGGCGCGUGGACCUUUCGUCGGUCGGCCACUCGGACACCAGGCAUUCCCACCAUCAUCGGGUCACGCCGGACAAGCAAUUGGGUGCGCAAACCUUGCCCUCGAGUCGUCACCAUCCAACCACCGAGGAAUCCGGGGACGAGGAGUCGUCCACGACCGCAUCCGUUUCCGU